GAUAGAAAAUCCCCUGAAGGCUGCAGUUUGAUGCCACAACAUCCAGUUCUGCUCGUCUUCUUCUCCAAACUGGUCUGAUCCUGGGAGCCUUCAGAAGAGCAGAACAAAAGAUACAUGCAGGAGAGGAAUAGGAACAAGGAAAGGAUUCAGAUAGUUUGAAAGUUUGACCCAGUCUCACCUCCUCUGAUCCAUCGGCAUGGCAACUAUGGAAGUACUGGAGUCCUCGAGCGCCCUGAUGGAGCCUCAAUCCCUGACAGAAAUCUCAGAAGAUGAGAUCCACCUGCCUCCUUCAGAUGAAGAAGAUAACGCCCUGGCUGCCGCCAAGAAAGAUCUGCACACCGCAGAGGAACCCGACCAGGAGCAGAACGGGGCUCAGGCUUCAGACACACAAGUUAACGGGGUGAUGGUUCUGUCUUUGCUUGACAAGAUCAUCGGAGCGGUGGACCAGAUCCAGCAGACCCAGAGUGGGCUGGAGACCAGACAGCAGGAGAUGGAGCGCACGGUGACCAGCAUCCAAGGCGAGCUGACCAAGCUGAGCAAGAACCACAGCACCACAUCCAACAGCGUCAACAAGAUGAUGGAGAAGGUUCGCAAGGUCAGCAUCAACGUGAAGACCGUCCGAGCUACGCUGGAGAAGCAAGGGAGCCAGAUAAAGAAGCUGGAAACCAACGAGGCAGAGCUGCUGAAGAGGCGCAACUUUAAAGUCAUGGUUUACCAGGAUGAAGUGAAAGUUCCCUCAAAACUCAGCAUCUCCAAGUCCAUGAGGGCUUCUGAGUCUGUAUCGGGAAGCAGAGGAGGCAGUCUGUUAGAGCUUAAAGAAGCUGUGGAAGAACCUGGAGAAGCAGGAGAAGAGGAUGACAAGGAGGACAAGCCCCAUGUAGAUCUUUCUUCGGAUGAAGAAGGGCUGGAAAUUGAAGACAACAUUGAGGAGACACGAGCUGAACGCAUCAAGCGUAGCAGCCUGCAACGUGUCCAAAACCUGAAGACUGUCUUCUCCAAACAGAAGAUGGAUAAGACCAGAGCAAAGACCAAAGAGAACCUGGAGAAGACCAGACAAAAAACCAAGGAUAAC